AUGGCCAAGGAAGAUGUGGAUGCCGUUACUUCCCCCAAGACUCCCAUAAGUCGGAAAUCAGCGCCUUCGUCGUCGGAUGAAACUAAGGACCAAGCUGCACUUUCACCUGAGAGUCCACUUCAGGAAAUGGAAGGUCAGGAAGCCCCAGAUAGUAACGGUAAAAAGCCAAGCUCGUCCAAGAGUUCCAAAUCUGGCAAAUCAUCGAAAACCAAGAAAGAUAAAUCAAAGAAGGAAAAAAAGGACAAGGCAUCAUCCAAAGAUAAGGACCGAUCAUCAGGCGGUUCUUCUUCGAGAGAUCGGACCAAAAGUCUAAAGGGUGAAGAGAAAGAGCCGGCUUCGCCUAAAGUGAAGCGAGAAGGUAGCCAACGCUCCUUAAAAUCACCGCGUUCGAGUAGACGAAAAGGGAGAUCAAAGAAUGGAAAGAAGGGAGUAUUUUUCAACAAAUCUGUCUACGUGAAUACUAUUCCCAAUUUGGAGACUUUCAAGAGGCAAGAAAUUGAUGCUGUCUGGUUUACUCCGGAUGAGUAUGCGUCAAUGGAACAAGAAUGUGAUGAAACAGCAGCCAUCUUGGAUGCCAAUCGACCAUUGAGUGCAGCACUAUGUCCGAGAGGUUUGGAAGCUUGGACCACUGACGGUGAACUGAAUAAAGAAGCGAAUGUGCAAGAGGCAAUAGAAAGUGUUUGGCAGGCCCAGCUGGAACAAUGGCAAAUGGCACAAGAUACUAAUGAAUGCUGGGAAUUCAUACGCGGAGAAUAUCUACCGACAUCGGAGCGGUGUCAUCAAGAUGCCCAUCACACAGCGUUGCGAGAUGAGGAAGCCAUUCAAUCUUACCUCAACACCACACGACAAGUCUUUUCGCAAUUUGCUCGCCGUGUAUUAGGCAAGGCAGGUGGUUCCAAGAAAAUCUCUCGGCGAACGACGAACGAUGUGGCGCUCGUUACGCCAAAAGCGGCAAAUCGAAGAACUCUAGGGGUCCGGCAAACCAGUUCAAGAUCGGUAUCAAGCAGCGCGAGAUCCACAUCCUCGUCACGUGAUGCAAGUCUCAAGCUAUCACAAUUAGCUAUUAAUGGUACCCUGAAGUCUAGUCUCAAGACAUCUACUGUCUUUAUUCCGGACGAUGGAACCAUCGAUGAGGAUGGCAGUAUCAUUUCCCACUCUGAAAGAUCCAGCGGCUCUCGUAGAAUUACUAGGAGACCCGCACGAUCAUCCAAUGCCACAACCACGACGGACAGUAGCGACAUCAAAAGUGUUGGAUCUCUUUCCUAUGCUUCGACGAUUGAAUCCUCAGCUUCCGCUACCAUCAAUUCGGGAAAUCGCAAGAUUUCCUUCAAGGCCAAAUCGAAAACCAAGAUUCCUACUUCGCCUGUCGGAAGUGUUGCGGAUGGCAGUACGAUGGACGAAUCCACUAAUAGUCGUCGUAUGCGAUCGCACAUGUCAGUUGCGAGUGAUGACAGUACGAGACGGCGCAUGAGAAAGGUGCUCUCCGCCAAGCCACUCUUAUAA